AUGUCCACGAAGAUUAUUGCGGAUAAAAGCGAAUUCCAUUUAUUAACUGAUUUAAUUUCACGACUUAAAGAAGAGAAUGAACUUCUUAAAAUACGUGUCAAAGAACUAGAAGAGAAACUCGAACAGAAUUCGAAAAUUAGUGAGCCAAUAAUUUCUGAUAAAGUUCCAGCAAAAGCUAAUUUAGCAAAAAAUGACCUAAGCUUGGCCGAAUAUACUCGAUACGGUCGACAACUCAUUCUACCAGGUUUUGGAAAAUCAGGUCAAUUGAAACUUAAAAAUACUUCAAUAUUGUUAGUAGGUGCUGGAGGUUUAGGUGCACCUGCAGCCAUUUAUCUUGCCGCUGCAGGUGUCGGCAAACUUGGAAUAAUUGACUAUGAUACUGUGGAGAAAUCAAAUUUGCAACGUCAGGUAAUACAUAAUGAAUCACGGGAGGGUAUUUCUAAAGCACAAUCGGCAAAGAUGACUAUCGAAGGGUUAAACUCUUUAUGUCAAUGCGUUGCGUACGAAAUCCUUUUGGAUAGUUCCAAUGCACUGGAAAUAAUUGAAAAAUACGAUAUAGUUAUUGACGCGACUGAUAAUGUUGCUACGCGUUAUCUACUUAAUGACGCGUGUGUGAUGACCGGAAUUCCUUUGGUCUCUGGCAGUGCCUUACGUAUGGAUGGUCAAUUAACUAUAUAUAAUUACAAAGGAGGACCUUGUUAUCGAUGCCUAUUCCCUAAACCACCUCCACCAGAAAGCGUAUUAAAUUGUGCUGAUGGUGGAGUUUUAGGAGUCGGUCUGUGCUUAUAUACUUUGAACUGUCUUACAACUGACCGGAAUUAUUGGAUGUUUGCAAGCUUUGCAAGCAAUCAAAAUUGCUAUAGAUAUGAAUGGCGAGUGAUAAAUAUUAAGGAAUGCAUUACUUGGGCCGAUGACGAAAGUCCUCAUAAUCUUUUGAUUUUUUCGGCUACAUCAUAUCCGCUGUUUCGAUCCAUGAAAUUGAGACCGAAAAAGAAGGAUUGUGCUGUAUGUGGCGAACACCCUUCUAUAACUGAAUUGAUUGAUUAUGUUCAGUUUUGUGGUAGUGGCGCAUUAGAUAAAUCACCUACGGUCGAGAUAUUGGGGAAUGACAAUAGGAUUGAACCCAAGAUAUAUCACGAUUUGCGGAAUAAAGGUAUAUCUCAUGUUUUAAUUGAUGUGAGGGAAACGAUACAAUAUAAUAUUUGCUGUUUACCUAAUUCAAUUAAUAUUCCUUUGAACGAUCUCCCCAAAAAGAUUGAAGAAGUAAAAAACUCGCUAGAAAAACCCAACACACCAGGAAAUGAUUCACAACAUGCAGUGAAAAUAUUAAAAAAUGAAUUGAAAGGCGACAUUAAAGAUAUUAUCGGAGGAUUAUAUAAAUGGUCCUUAGAUGUUGAUCAAGAAUUUCCUAUAUAUUAA